GCCAAGAUUACACAAUCAUGAUCUAUGUUUGCAUAUAAUGUAGUAUAAUGACAUUAAUUAAAUCCUGUUUGAAUAAGAUCGUUUCAUCAAAGUAGGGGGCAUUAAGAAACAGCGAUAAACGAUAAUUAACUACUCUUAGGAAGGAGAAUUGAUAGUAAAUAUGCGGUCCCCUCCAGCAAUCGACAAUACAAUCGUAUUAUCUUCACACUUGGCUUCUCCGGCUGGUUUCCAUUGUUUGCUACAUCUCGAAUCCGCGGAAAGAAUGGUAAGGAGAUAGGGAGGAAGGAGUUAUGUUUAUGCGUGAUUUAACACCCGCAUUUCCAUUCGACACUUUCCACGAUCGCGAAACUAGAAAUACUUCUCUCUGUUUACCCGCGAUACUUGUCAUUAACGUUACGGUCGGAUACGAUUAUUGUCUUUUCGCGCAAUUGAAAAAUUGGAUUAUUUAUUGCUCCGUGAAAGACUUUAACCUCGAAGUCUCAAUGAAGUCACGUAAUCUAAAGGACUUUGAACAAUUAAAGAAACUCUUGUUCGUGCUUACAAUCGACAUUAGAGACGAUAAAUCUUCUAGAAUUCCAAAAUAAUGUCAUUAUUUUUUCAUCCAAAACGAUGCGAAAUAAUUUGAACGCGCGAAUUUCUCUUUGAAAAAUUCAAUCCGACAAUUUACAACAAUUCGUGUUUGUGUGUAAACAGUAAUAAAACAGUUAAUAUCCGAUAAAUCGUGUCGGUGACAUGGCCACCAGUGUGUCAUCAAUCGGUCGCAUUGCGAGGAAGAUAAAGGAGGGAGAGAAGGGACCGGUUAGCAAAGGUGGGCGCGCAUCCACCGGUUCACGACCCCACUUUCGUUAACUGCUUUUAAUUGCCCCAUAAUUGAGAUUAAUGGAAAGGCAUGCGGGUGCCCAUGAUAUCACCCUCGGCGAAUUAAAAUUAAACCGUACACGACUUUGUCCCAUAAAAGAAACCGCCGCGCUCGUUUGCUUUGAGUUCGUCACGCGAUCCUCCGCGGUUCACGCGGACCAAAGAAAUCCCUAUAAAACAUCGCGCAAUAAAGCUCGAUCGUUUUGUCGUUCGUUUCGCAAUUUCAUGGCGUACGUAAGCUGAAAAGAUUCACGUGCUUGGGAGAUGGUCAUUCGAUAUCUUCUCUCGAGAUCCUCCUUUUUUUUGCUUUUCCAAGACCCCCUCGUUUUGUAUUGAGCGACGCCGCCUUUUCGCGACCAUGCCGCGCAAAUUGCCCCUGUUAUUAUUUCAUCUAGCGCAGAAUGGUGCCAAUCGACGGCUUUUCGCGUGAUGCGCUGCGUAAUAAAUUCGAACGUUGCUCCUUUUAUAACCUCGAUCACAAACGACGAGAGUAAUUUUAAAUAUCCGAUGGUCUUGAUUCGGUUCAAUUAAAGUAUCCAUCCAAGAUUUUAAACAUCUUUCACAGUAUUUUUUUUACGCGGCGGAUUUAAUCGUGGUUUCUCUUGCAUCGAAGAAUUUGACGGGAAAAAUAUUGUUGCCCACGAUUAUUAUCACGAUUCGAAUAAGCAUUUCUUGCAGAAUGGUUAAAUACCGAAUACGGGUAUAACAAUACGACGAGCGUUAUUAAAAAAAUGUGUGGAAGAAAAGUGAAAACAAGAAACGUUUCAUGCGAGAAACGUUUUAGACGAGGUCUUACAUAAAUUCCACAAAGAGAUUCACAUCGUCGGAAUCGUCUCGCGAAUAUUACGCAUCUCAACUUUCCCAUGAGCACUACAAACGGCCUAUCUUUUUAUUAUAUCCAUAUCUGUCUACUAACACGUACGUUGCGUGGGAGUGCCCAUCACUCCUUUGACUCGGACCAACCACACCGUGCGGUUCGUAGAGUUCGGGUGUCGCUUAUUUCCUCUUUCUUCGUGUUCCUCUUAACGCGCCGGCCUCCUCGAGGGGUCCUUGAAAUGGACCGAAAUCUCACGUGGCUUUUCAUGAGCGUCAAGUGGCGCUAGGACCACCCGCAAAUAACACGUGCCAUUAAUUUCUAAAAACGAUGAAGCCGAUUACUUCCACCAAUUCCAUCUUCGUUCGUUGGUUGGGCGUUCCUCGGGCGUAAGAUUUCAAAACGGUUUCGACGAGCAGAGCGGCGCAGCGUGUACUAAUUUCAAUUUAAUAACAUAGCGGAUAUGAAUAAAUUAAAGGACAUGUAAAUAUAAUCAGAAUAGAAAUCAUGUAGGUACUUCUCUACCUACAUACAUCCGACACCGCGUUGAAUGUCAAUGAACGAUACGUCACACCGAUUGCUACGUUCUCAAAACUUGCUCGAAUAACCGAGAAAAAUAGCAGCUCUUCGAAACGUAACAAUCAAAUUUUGCACACAAAGAUCCGUCCAACGCGUGAAACGGAAGACAAAGCCCGAUCGACGCCCGGCGAAACAAUAACUACACUAAUUUAGGAUACUCCAACAUCGGUUCAUUGGCCGGUUAAGUCGAAAUCGGUCGAGUUAACGCGAAUACAGGCUAUUAGCACCAACACAGGUUUAAAAGCAAAGUUACUCGAGUCCCGUGACCCCAUGUUUCGCCUACGAAACAUUGUGCAGUGCAAGGCGGGAACCCGUUCGAGUGGUAGACCGUGAGGCGACACAUCGUUGCUGUGCUCUAUUCACUCGAGAUAGGGAAAAGACGUUGCAUAUACAUACACGCGCGAGGAGGAUAUAUGUACGUCGCAUACUAUACACGGUACGUCCAUAGGAAACAGCUGAGACCGGGAGAGACGAGUGUUCCCUGGUAUGAUACAUCCACGACGAAAUUAAUGUCCCAGGAUUCUCGGUUCCAAGGACAGGGGCUUGUACGUUUCGAGGACGAAACAUUCUAUGGCAUACGGUGCCACCGACGUCCGUGCAUUCCGCCGAUCGAAUGCGAUACGAUAAAUUUUCCGAGGCUGUACGAUGCGUGGUUAGUCGGGAAAUAGUGGUCGCUUUUAAGGUAUUUCGCUUUAUCUUGGAAACGCGAAGGUUUCGAUACUAUUUUAAUUGCUACUCGGUUGCUAAAAAUAUCAAAAGCCUGGAACUUGGGAAAUUAAAUAAAAUGGGAUAAGGAAUGUUUCGUCUACGAUCCAACGAGAUGGAUUGGGGAUUUUAAAUCCGAGAUCGAUUGAAUUCAUUUAUUUCACGACGCGUGAAUUUCCAUUGUUGGAUGAUUACGAUUAUGUGUAAGGAGCAGAAUCGGUGAACGACUUUAAAUAAAUAACGUUCUGGACAUCUAGUAUCAAUAAAGCCCUCUAAAGCUUACCCCACGUGAUAUAUUGAUUUCCGGGACCGAAGUAAUCCUGUUUACUUCCAGAUGCGACGAAAAAAUGUCAAUAUAGCGUGUAAUUAGAGAUCUGUCAUCCUCCGUGUAUUCCGUUCUUGGAGAGAGACAAGUAUUUGAUAGGAUAGGAUAAAUAUAUAUCUAAUAUAUACCGAACCGAAGCAGCAAACAAACGAAACUAGUGUCCUGCGAAAUGUUUCGGCGCAUGUUGAAAAGCCGCGGCGCCUCCUUCGUCGGCAAACACCCACGCCUGAGUGUAACAUGCACUAAUACGUCGGUAGCGUACGCGCUCACACGCGUGCUUAUGCGUGCACGCCGAAACAACCGUGCGAGAGUUGCAAGCAAGGAACGCAUAUACGUAUCACAUUGACGAGUUCCCGCCCGAGUCGGCGGUUGGUCGCUGCUUUGGCAGCUUCUCGUCUCUCUCAGGUAGCGUGCGAGCACGGAGAAAUGAGAGAGAGAGAGAGAGAGAACGAGAUGGAGUCGCGGCGAUCAGGACAGAACGGGACGAGGGACAAGCGGAUAAGGAUGGAGAUAAGGGAGCGUGGGAGAGAGAUAGGUCGCGUGAGCGAGAGAAAAAAUGCAAAGGGGAAAAAACAGGAAGAGAACGAGGAGAGAGACAGAAGGAAGCAACGGUACAGAAGGGGAGAGGAAGAUGCAUGGAAAACAUGGAUGGUAUGAGAAGAAGAGAAGUGGCGGAAGGAAAUGAGCGAGAACCGUUGCUACAAAGAGAGAUUAGAGAAAGAGGAGGAGAGGGGACGGUAAAAACGGAGGAAAGUAACAAAUACCUUGGCGGGAAAGGUUGGUAGGGGACUAAGAAAAGCAGCAGGAAAAAAGAGGAACGAACGGAAAAAGAGUAGAGAGUCGAGAAAGAAGAGGAACGGUGGAAAAGGGACAGAGAAACCGCGUAGAAGAGGAACGGUAUAAGGGAGUGAAAGAAGGCGCGAGAGAGAGAGAAAGAGGGGUAGAGCGCUCGUAUGGUCGGUUUGCCGCCUGCCGCGUAGUAGUAGCGUGCCGAGCGAGCAGCAAGCAGUGCCGAACGUCGUCGUCGUUUCUCAGUGUCGCCGCGGCGGUCGUGCCAGACGGUUCUCUUAUACAAGUUUUUCGUAGUGCGCGCGUAGCGUUCCGUUCCGUUUCGUUUUGUUUCGGUACAACGUCAAUUCGGUGCAACGUGCGACGUGCUGGAUUAAAUUGGAUUAAAUACACUUACUUGCGGACGUGUCCAGAGGAUUAUUGACUUGUGACGAUCUCGUGUCGUUGCCGGGCUACGGAAUCAUCCAAAAAAUCCCGCGGAGCGAAUAUAUUUUCGAACAGUUCGUUCAAGGAUAUCGACGUUCAGUGAUGUGACAACGAUUACAACUUUAUCGGCGUUCUUCGUUCCACGUUUCGGCAUGUCUAAUAUAAAAGGGAUCCUGAUUGGAGCAUAGUGUGAACAAGAAAACGUCGAAACGAAUCACAGAACGCGAGUUUGAAAAGUGUAACGACGCCGAACGCCACGUGCUACGCUACUACCGGCGCCAUCGCGAGUUAAACUUCGAAUUUCGCGCGAUGUUCUAUGCUCAAGAUUCGUUACCGUGAACAAGUUUGACACGUUUGAAAAGUGAAAAAUCGUGAUUCUCCCUCGUGGUCGUGGAACACACGGCGGGUGGCACAUUGUAGCGUGUCUUGUGCCGCGUUUGUACAAGUGGAUUUAACCUUGUGAUCGAACACGUGGAUGCAUGCUGCCCUGUCGACGAUGCUGUGCUUUUGAACGGCCAAGCUGUCUGCACGAAAAUUCCAGAUUUGAAAUUGGACCAUGCUAAUGGGGAUUAAACGCGAUGGAAUGUUAUUUAUUAGUUGAUUGCAAAGGUGCAGAAGAAAAUGCGCGUGAGAUCGAGGUGACGGUAGAGCAUGGAGACCAUACAGGACAGCGGCGGGUUGCGUGUCGAUGGCUCGAAGGGAGGUGUCGCUUCGGGUUUACCCAGCUCGAAAACAGUGAAUCAGUUGAGAAUAGUGGAAAGUGGUGAUGAAAGUGGGAAGAUGGUGAUCCCAACUAAAUCGGAGAUGGAUCCUUACAAGGAGUUGGAGUUGUAUCUCGCCAAAGUGAACGAAGAGAUCGGCGAGAUCAUCGAGUCGGCGCCCUCCACUCCCCUGAUCAUUACAGACGAGCCAAAGUAUCAUCCCGCGCAGCCGGCCCCGCCGGUGCAGCCGGCUCGAUACGCGCUCGAGCCCUGCCCCGUCAAAUCACCGGCCGCGAGAAGCUCGAGACGCCACAACUCCUCCGGAUCGAGGGGCUGCAACGCCGUCGAGGACAUUGGCGAUUGGUCGAACAGCAUCCUCGCCGAGUUCAACACGAUAAUCGCGAACGAGAUCGACGAGCUGACCAGGGAGCUCGAGCGGAAGAGGAGCAAGGAGGAGGCGAGGAUCGUGCGUUACAAGGAGCUGUUGAACGAGUUCGGGAUAUCGGACAGCGAGAGCUCGAUCGGGAGCUCGUGCGAGGCGGCCGGCCAUUUCUAUCGAUCGUCGCCCCGGCCGGGCAACGACGACAUCCGCGAUCGACGAAACGGCAAGUUGUUCAACGACGAGGCGACGACGGGCUUCCUGUUGGGCCUGGGCUACGACGAGCCGCCGCGCGAUCGCCUGAUCUCCGCGAGAAACGACCGGAGGAAGAGCGGGAGCCUGCCCGAGGACCUGCAACGCUUGAUAGGGGAGCGCGCGAGGUAUUACCCCUCGCCUGACUCGAAUCUCGACGACGACACUCGCGAUCUCUCGGGGACGGCGUUCGUGGAGGAGCAUCGUCGCGGCGGGGUCGAUCUGAAUACCUCUAGUCUACCUUCGAAACUGGACCGUGGACACGCGAGCGGCGGGGAAACGGAGGAACUCGGUCCGCGCGCCAAGUACCUUGGAAACGAUCAACCAAAGAAACACGAUGUAAUAGGGAUAAGUUCGAGGGGCGACGAGGACGAGAAGAAGAAUGGAUCCACCUGUUCUCGGGUCGGGUCCAUCGGCCCGGUUCGGCCGUGCAUCGAGACGGACGAGUCGUGCGCGAAAUUACCGCCGAGGCAACGCGAUGCCCACAGGAAGACUAGCCUGCCUGUGAAUUUGACGGGUCAGAAGAGGAGAAGGACGCCGAGGUUGGCGAGAAUUCGACGGAACGAGGAGCAGAGCGCGAUGGAUCCGGAUGGAUACGAGGUGGAGGAGGAGAAGGUGGCGCAAGUGGUUGGCGGAAGGUCGUUGGACGGGAACGGGCCUAAAUCGGCCCCUGUCACGCCAACGGAGGAGAAGAAGUCUCCGUUUUCGAAGAUCCUCUGGAAGAAGCACGCGCCCGUGUUUCACGAGAGCACGGACGACGUUGUCCUCGUAAGGGUGUCCUCUUUGCCGGAUCAGGAUUUCCUUCAUCUCGACAACGAAGCGUUGCGGGCGAAGAACGGUUGCGCGAAGGAGGGUCUGUCGAAGAAGAGGGCCGUGUCGCCUCUCACCCUGCGCUCCGAUAUAUCCGCGAAACGGUUGUCCGAGUCCGACAAGGACGUGCGACAGGUGAGUCCCGUGGAUUUGAAGAAGUUCUCGCUCUCGAGAUCGAGGGGUAACGACGUUGGAGUGAGCUGCGAUCUUCCGGAAGACGACAACGUUGGAUCCAUCGGGAGCGUGGACAGCGGCAAGUUCGAACGGGUGGAGAACGUGGACGUGAAGAAGAUAUUGGACGAGCAGAAUUCCAGAUCCGGUUCGCUACCGAUUUCUCUUCAAUCCCUGUUAUCGAAGAUCCGAAACGGGUCCGGCUCGUGCUGCCCGAACAGCCCGCCGAUGGAUUCGCUCACUUGUUCCGACAUAGCGACGCAAACUUCCCCAGCUAUUUCCAGAAGUUUCAGCUUCACGUGGGUCAGUGAUUGCGACUCCCCGCGAGCGGAGUCGCAGAUGGAUUCGCAGUCGCUGCAGGACGAGAGCACGUUGGAUCCUGCCUCGCCGCAAGACACCGUGGACGAUGACAAUAGGUCGUCCUCGUCGUCUCAAGAUCUUCUUCAAAGCAUGGACGAGAUUUCCUCCGGAAGUAUGUCGCCGGAUACGACCGACAGAGCAUCUCCUCUGGAGAGCGGUAUCGGCACUGCCAGCCCUCCAAGAAGCACCGAUCGACGGAUAGUUAAGCCCCCGUCCUCAGCCAAGUGUCACCGGAAAGAGACCUGGGAGAGGAUCCGGCGACGUCCUUCCAAGUUGAACUCGCGGAACGACAAACACUCGCAGGACGUGUGGAUCAAACGCGAGAGCGUGCACACUCAGACGAAGGAGAACGAGGACCAAUAUUCCCAGGACGCGGUGGACAGCAGCAGCGGCCUCGACGACACCCUGCCGAGGAUCAAGCCGCCUCGACCGACCAAUCUGCCUCUGUGUCUGUCCACCACCGCGAGUAGCUCCCUAAGUUCUGGAGAAUUAUUGGAGACACCGCCACGAGCGCCGUCAUCCCCAUCGGCCGCCAGCCUCCAAUUGAAACCGGAGCCGCUAAGCGUGGAAAUGGGUGGAAAGAGCAGCAGUGCACCCUUGCUGGAGAACAACGACACGGAGAAAACGAAUGGGAAAAUGCCGAGUUUGCAGCAACCACGCUCGCAGUCGGAACGCCAGCUAUCAGAAAUCGAAGCGCAAGAGGCUUGCAAAUGGUUGAGGGCGGCUGGUUUUCCACAAUAUGCGCAGAUGUAUGAGGAUUACCAAUUCCCGAUUGACGUAUCCGGCGUAGCCAAGGACCACCCCUUCCUCGAGACUGAUUCCCUGCAGAGCCUAUUUCGACGAUUGCACGCUCUUAACCGAUGCGCCAAUAUGAAGAUCGACACUCACCAUACGCACAGUACUAGUCACAGCAAAAGCGGUGGCGGCGAUGAUUCGGACGAGGAUACACAGUGCGCCCUCAGCGAGAAUUGGACGUUCGAGAAGAAAACGAGGCGCUGGUCCCGCGUGUGCGACAUGACGCAAGCGAACGUGGAGAGGUUGCAGGCGAUCAGCAGCGGGCAGACGGUGCAAUCCGAGGAGGAUUCUCUGGAGGAUCGGUUGGAGGCAGAGGAGGCCGAGGACACGAUGCUGGACACGCUCAGAUACAGCAGCCUGCCACCUGGCACGCUCCCCGACGAGAUCGGGCCGAGAUUUCGCAGAACCGGGUCCGAGAGGCUGAGGGACGGGGCGAAAGCUUUCCUGAGGCGGGUCGAGUCGUUGAAGUCCCGGCGACGAAAGCACCAAAAUCGGGAUGGGAUCGUGAUCAGCGGCCCCCAAAUACUGGACGUGAUAUCGAUGCAGCAGAAGAUGAAGGAGCUCAACUGCGUGGACGUGUCGCCGACGGGUCCCUCGCCUGUCUCGUUCAACGAUCUUCUGCCGGGCUCGCCUCUUCACGUGCCUGGAUCGCCCGUCACGCUGCCCGCGUCCCCCUAUCACCUCCCGCCUUCGCCCCUGGCCAACGCGCCCAGCCCGUUCGGCGACGAUUCGUCGAGUUAUUGCUCGGACGGGUCGCAAGGAGGAGGCCCCACACCCACGCCGACGCGGACGAAGAUGAACCGGGCUAGAAGGUUCUUGCAUCGGGGCCGAGAGGAUCAAGGGGCGCUCAGCGACUCCGAGUGUCAGCCUACCAAUUGGCGGCACAGGUAUUUCAGAGACGCGAACAGUAAUCACGCUAAAGUGUUGGAGUACGUGGCCGCCCAUCCCCAAAGCCCCAAGGAUUCGCCGACCAAAACUCCCAUAAACAGCCGCGGAGGGAGCCUGAAUCUUGGGAAGGAGUCGCAGAGGUACAGGGACAAGUUGUCCCAGGGCCAGAACCAGGAGAGGUACAAGGAGGACAAGGUGGCCGCUUUGAAGAGGGAGGAUAAGAUGCACAAGAGUUUCAGGCAUCGUGACGACUCUUACAGGGAGGGGAAACCUUUGUCCAAAGAGGUGACGGUCUACAGAGAGAAAUCGAGAUCGAGGAGUUCGGAGCUGGCCGGAAGUCAAGAGAGCAGUUCGACGGUUGCCAGUCGUGAUUCGGAUCAGGAGGAGGAUUCGCCGAGGCACAAGGGUACCGUUGUCAGGUGGCACAGUUUCCAGAGGGGAUCCCUGUACCCCGAGCCGCUCGAUCCCCUGUGCCCGCGAGCCAUGGCCUCGAUGUCGUGCGGCCAACUGUUGGUGCUGAGGAAGUUGGCACUGUUGAAGCUGACCGCUUGCAUGGAACGAUAUUGCCCGACCCAUCGUACUGGCUGGAACUGGGAGCUGCCGAAGUUCAUCAGGAAGAUAAAGACCCCCGAUUACAAGGACAAGACGGUGUUCGGGGUGCCGCUGCUGCUGUCCCUGCAGAGGACCGGCCAGGCCUUGCCAAAGUGUAUUCAAAUAGCGCUCAGAUGGCUGAGAGCGAACGCCCUCGACCAGGUUGGGAUCUUCAGGAAGAGCGGGGUCAAGUCGAGGAUACAGAAAUUGAAAAUGAUGACCGAGACUUUGGGGGAUAACAUCAAUUUCGAUGGCCAGCAGGCGUUCGACGUGGCCGAUCUCGUGAAACAGUACUUCAGGGAAUUACCGGAAGCUCUGUUAACGAACAAGUUGUCCGAGACCUUCAUCGCUAUCUUCCAACACGUACCUGUUAAGCUGCGACCGGACGCGGUUCAAUGCGUGCUCCUUCUUCUGCCAGACGAGCAUCGGGAGGCGUUGGAGACUCUGCUCGAUUUCUUGAACCACGUAGCGAGCAACGCUCCCUACAACCAAAUGACAGCCUCGAACCUGGCCGUGUGCCUGGCACCGAGCCUGUUCCACUUCAACCACAGUAACACGAACGUGACCAACAGGUCGAGCAGCGUAUCGCCACGUAGGAGAAAGACCGUGGGCAUUCCCGAUCAGAGGGAACUGUCGGAAAACAAAGCCGCUCACGACUGUCUUCUGUAUCUGGUCAAGAUGCAUCGUGAAUUAUUCAUGGUUUCUUCGGAUAUGUUGAUGCAGUGUCAUUUUAAUUAUAUGGAAGAAAGCGUGCCGGUCGCCUUGGAGGAAUUGGGAUCCGAAUUGAAGCAAGACUGGAGAGGAUACCUUUACGCGUGUACCACCGCUUUGUUGAAAGAAGCGCGCGAAAAAAGUCGGGGAUGGGUCACCGUGAACAAUCCAGCCGACAGUACGGUAGAGAUGGCGUACAAGAAGGUAGGUGACGGACAUCCACUUCGACUGUGGCGAGUGUCGACCGAGGUUGAAGCUCCACCGAACGAGCUUCUUCAUCGUGUACUGAGGGAGAGGCAUAUCUGGGAUCCUCAGCUUUUGAAGUAUAGAUUGGUCGCCAAGCUGGACACCAACGUGGAGGUCUUUCAAUACGCCACCGGGAACAUGAGUCCUCUUCCUGCCAGGGAUUAUUGUGUGCUAAGAUCCUGGCGUAACGAUCUCCCCAAAGGGGCCUGCGUUAUCGUAGAAACGUCCGUGGAACAUCCGGAUGCUCCUGUUAUGCUUGGUGGAACACGUGGUAUUGUUUUAGCAUCUCGCUAUCUCAUCGAACCUUGCGGUAGUGGUAAAUCACGGAUCAUGCACCUUUCCAGAGUGGAUACAAAAGGACGCACUCCAGAAUGGUAUAACAAAAGCUACGGUCACCUUGCUGCCCUUCACCUCAGUAAAAUUCGCAAUUCUUUCAAGCACACGACAGAUGGUCCCGAGAGUAAAGUCUGAGAGGAAGCAACCGUGCAACGAUCACCGUUGCACGGUCCUCACACGACUCUAGAGGAACAGGAUGAUCAAAAUCAGGAACACAGGAUCCUAAAGGAUGUGCGACAGGUUCAACCUACCAUUGACGAGGAGUAAAAGUAACAUCGAUGGUCGUAACUUCAUCGAUAACAUGACCAAGAAUUUAGAA